AUGUUGGGCCUCCAGUUGCAGUUCUCCAAGCCCGAUCUUGCCGCCGACAGCGAAAUCAAGACCAUCUCUUUUUUGGGGCUGGCGGUGCUAGUGGCGAUAGGCGCAGUCGGAUUCAAGAUCCAUGCAGUGCUGCGGAGAAAGCCAUGCUUGCGACUUUGCAUCCUGGGGUUUCUCGGCGUUGCCCUCUGGGUGACUCCGUUCCUCGUGCUCUCGUGGCUCGGGCCCCGAAGAUCACGAAUGGCACACUUCACCCUCUCCUUCUUUGGUGUCGUCGCAGGCUUCCGUUGGCUGGAGCUCCUCCUGGGCACGGGCCCAAAGGGCUUCGACCUGAGCCUCAAGAACUUCGUAAUCUACUUUGCCUCGCCGGCGGAAGUGCUUUUUGACGGCGCAGGACGAUUGAAGGCUUCGCCGGACGGGCUGAUUUCGGAGCUCCUGUUCCGCAUCGCGAAGCAUAUGCUUCUGGGUACCAUUGUGCUCAGCAUCGGAAAGGCAACCACCUUCGCGCCUUUCCUGGAGUCCGGGAGUGAUCCAGCGACGAUGCCCCUGCUGGGCUUCCCCGAAGCAGAGCCUGCAGUCUACCUGCAGACCCUGUACAUCUACUGUACCUUGGCCACAGCAAUGCUGAUGCACCGUCUCUUGCUAGCCUUCUUUGGCAUCGACACUGUGGAUUCCAUGCAGACGCCGCUGCUCCUCUCGGUGUCUCUUCGCGAGUUCUGGGGCCGAAGAUGGAACCUCGUGGUCCACCGGCUGAUGAAGCGCACAUUCUUCCUUCCACUUGCCGGUUCCUCCGCUUGGUCCAGGCGUGCUGCAGGGCUCCUAGCCUUUGUGAUGUCUGGACUCUUCCAUGAGUACAUGUGGCUAGCUGUGAACUGGGGCAGUGCCGGCUCAUACGUGCCUGGCUUGCCACUCCUCUUCUUCCUGAUCCAGUUUGUGCUCUGUGCAGCGGAAGCCGUGCUGGCAAGCAGCUCUGUGGGCCUCUUCAUGGCCCAGUUGCCGGCUCCCGUCCGAACCGUCUGCACCACGCUGGUGAUCCUUCCUUUCGGGCCUCUUUUCCUCCAGGGACUGCGGGGCAUGGCCCUGGAGUGCUCGGAGCAAGGACAGACCUUCUCCAUCGUGCCGGCGGGGGCUGCCGGCGACAUGGGAAGCCCUCCGCUGGAUUGGAUCUUCUGUGGUGUCGUCGGUCUCAUUGUGUCGGCGAAGGGAGCGUUUCGAAAGGAGAGUCGCUGCAGUGUUCAGCCACACAAGUCUCCAUCCAUCGUCGCAGUGCUGCCUGAGUGCGAGGGCGCUUAG